AUGGACCCGAACGUUAAGUACUUGACAGAUGAGGAGAUCGACAAAUUCCUCGAGGAACUGGACACUGAUAACGACGGAUUGAUCGAAUACGAUGAAGUCGAGGCGAAACUCGACCAAGUGUCCCACGAAAUAGCUCCUGAACCAGCAGAACACAAUUUGCAUCAUGAAGACCGCUCAGAGAAACGACACCAUUUUCUCCGGAGCUUUAUGGGGACGGACAAAAAUCACGUUCCUGUUGCUGAGUUCAAGAACAUAGCUGAAUCAUGGCACAUUCCUUCAAUGGAGCAAGAGAAANAAGAAGAAGAUGAACAAGCAGACUUUGUCAAGAAAUUGUCUUACGCAAGACGCCUCCGCGCUUACUGGGAAGUCCAUGGACCGGAGUAUGGCUUCCUUGCUCUGNUCGUUGGCAUGCAAAUCGUCUUUGGGACUUGGCAAUUGGUAAAGUACCUGACGACUCCACCAUACAGAGAGACCUUCGGCUGGGGUGUGGUGCUAGCGAAGACAUCUGCUGGAGUGCUGUACCCGACGAUGUUCUUCCUGGUACUGUCCAUGUGUCGCUGGCUAAGCACUGCUCUACGACGCUUCUAUUGGAUCUCGAGGUUUGUCAACUGGGAUCUGUCGCAGGCAUUUCACAUCAAGAUGAGCAUUGUCGCAUUGGUGUUUGCUUCCUUACAUGCCAUCGGUCAUCUGACUGGUAGUAUGUUGUAUGCAAGCCGAUCUGCUCAACAAGAUGAAGUGGCUGCUUUCCUUGGUCCCGAUGCUGUGCCACGGCCCUAUGUCGCUUGGAUUCGGUCGCUUCCUGGAUGGACAGGUCUUGUUACCUUUGGUCUCUUCUGGAUGAUUGGUGCGACAAGUCUACCUUGGGUUCGACGCAAGUCAUACGAAGUUUUCCAGCUUGGACACCUGCUGAUGUUUCCCAUUUUCGCUUUCUUGAUGGCCCAUGGCACAGUGGGAUACCUGCAGUGGCCAAUGAUGGGUUACUUUCUGGCUUUUCCUGUCCUUCUGGUCCUCAUCGAGCGAAUCGUAAGGACUUGCAACGGCUUCUCACCUCUUGCUGCAUACCUUGAAGUUUUGGACAAAGAGACCGUAUGCAUUACCGUCCUCAUGCCCGCAUCUCGCAACUUCGAUUAUAGAGCAGGGCAGUAUGUGUUGCUGCAAGUGCCAGUGCUGAGUCGCUGGCAAUGGCAUCCUUUCACAAUCUCAACAUGCAUAGGAAACGAACUUCAACUCCACAUCAAAACAGACGGCAACUGGACUGGCAGGCUCCGCAAACUGGGUUCUUCCCUUGAUGCUGUGAAGAUCGAAAUUGGAAUCGAUGGUCCUUAUGGUGCCCCUGCGCAACGCUUCUACGACUUUGAGCAGACAAUCAUCGUUGGUGCUGGUAUUGGAGUUACGCCGUUCUCUGGCAUCCUCACAGAUCUGCAAGUCAAAGAAGAGCAACGUGUAGGUACUAGAAGGUGGCGACCCUCGCCGUACCAAAAAGCAGCCGAUUCUCGCCGUGCAUCUCAGCAAUUGAGUCGUCAAACCACUGAGCUUGUUGGUGACAGCGAUAACGAGAAGGCACAAUCAAGUACACCUGAGUCUGAGACUUCUGGUCGAGGGCCUCAGGAGCACGAACCAGCUCAUCGGCAGCAAGAAUCAGGGAUAACAGACCUGUCAAACUACGACCUCGAAACCUACAAACGCGUAGACUUCCACUGGAUGGUGCGGGACCGCAACAAUCUACUCUGGUUCUCCGACCUUCUGAACUACAUCUCUGCAACCACAGACUCACCAUCCUCUCACAGAAACAUCGAUUUCAGAAUCACCACUCACGUAACGCAAAAACGAAAAGCUCUUUCUACACACAUAUUCCGCUGGCUGCUAGAAAAGCACCGUACACCUGAGCAUCCAGAAAGUCCCAUCACUGGUCUAAUCAACCCGACUCACUUUGGACGUCCGGAUAUGAAGACGAUUAUGAACAAGCAUUAUGAGGAUAUGUGUGUGUUACUAGCUGCAAAGAGAGAUUUGUUCAGAGAUGACGGCAAGAGACUGGAAGAUCUAAGUGAUGGGAUCAAGGUAGGCGUUUUCUUCUGCGGCGCUCCAGUUAUUGGGUAUCAGUUGGCGGAUGCGUGUAGAGCGUUGACUGCAAGAGGCAGAGAGGAUAAGACAUUCAUCCAGUAUCAUUUUAUGAUGGAGGUGUUUGGUUGA